CAUUUAAUAAUGUUCACAACUGCCUUCAAACUAGGGAAGUUAAAUUGUGCACGGUAUCUUAUAUAUCCAAAGAAAUUCAAGAUGGAGUCUCUCUAAAUCCAACCAUUCCAUUAAAUGCACUGCAAGAACAGGUCCAGCACAAGUAUCAGGUGAGUGUGUCUCGGAUGAAGGUGUUUAGGGCUAAGCAGAUGGCAACAAAAAGGAUUGAAGGAGACUACAAAGCUCAAUAUGCAUUGCUCAGGGACUACUGUGGUGAGUUGGUAAGAGCUAAUCCUGGAACAUCUGUGAAGAUUGAAGUUGAAAGAGAGCCCAACCAUAACAGUUCCACCAGACAGUUUAAAAGGAUCUACAUCUGUUUAGGGCCAUUGAAAGAGGGUUUUAAAGCAUGUGGCAGGAGGAUCUUGGGGUUGGAUGGAUGCUUCAUGAAGGGCCCGUAUCCAGGACAGAUUCUGACUUCAGUUGGUAUUGAUUCAAAUAAUGGUAUUUAUCCUUUGGCAUAUGCAUUGGUUGAGUCUGAGAACACAUCCUCAUGGACCUGGUUCUUGAAGUGCCUCGGUGAAGACUUAGAUCUGGAAGUCAACUCAAACUUCACUUUUAUAAGUGAUAGGCAGAAGGGGAUUAUACCUGCAUUAAAGAAAGUAUACCCUAUGGCUGAACACAGAUUCUGCGUUAGACACAUCCAUGAAAAUAUGAAGGCUAAGUGGAAGGGAGACUUGUACAAGAAUCUGCUAUGGGAAUGUGCGUCCUCAACAACAAUUCCAGAGUUUGAGGGUAACAUGAAAAUGGUUAGGAUCACAAAUCCUGCUUUACAUGAUUGGUUGAAAGAAAUCAACCCAAAACAUUGGUCCAGAGCAUUCUUCAGUGGAUUAGCAACAAGUGAUGUGCUAUUGAACAACCUAUGUGAGGUGUUCAAUAGACAGCUAAUUGGUGGAAGGGACAAACCAAUUAUAACCUGUCUGGAGUACAUUAUGGAGUAUUGUAUGAAGAGAAUUGUAGUGGUGCUCAAGCAGAUUGCAAAGGCAGAAGGCCACUUGACCCCCAAAGCUAGCAUCAUCUUUGAACAGAUCAAAAGUGAAGCUUCAAAUUACUCAGUUCUGUGGAAUGGGACUAGCAAAUACCGAGUCAGAGAGAGAGGUGGUCAAGACCAGUGUGUAGUUGAUGUAGAUGCUAGGGUUUGUUCUUGCAGGAGGUGGGAAUUGAUAGGCAUGCCAUGUAAGCAUGCUGUGGCAGUUAACUGGACAAUGGCUCAAUAUGGCAUGAAUCCAGGCCCUCCAGAGACUUGGGUUUCAGAGGUAUACUGGAUGGACACUUGGAAGAAGGUUUAUAAGAAUACAAUCAACCCAAUCAAUGGGGUAAAUCUUUGGACACCAUCACAAGUUCCAACAACUAUGAUACCUCCUAAGCAUCACUCACAGAUUGGAAGGCCUUCCAAAAAGAGAAAGAAAAGUGCUAAUGAGGAGAUUGUGCCAGUGAAACAUGGUAAGAUGAGCCAGAGGGGAAACACUGUCACCUGUAACAAGUGCAAUGCCAAGGGUCACAACCGAAGGUCCUGCAAGGAGGUGGUGCCACAACCACAGCUUUGAUUUGCUGUUGAUCUUGUCUUUUGAACUUAUUAAGUAGAGUACUCUAUUAAGUAUUUUGGAAUUGUAAUAUGAACUACUUUAUCUGUCUUUUGAUGUGUCUUUGAACACUGGAUGCUUGAAGUUUC